AUCACAUUCCUAUCCGAAAAAUGAAAAAAAUGUUAAUCAUCGUUUGAUUAAUUUUUAAAAUUCACCAACACAUAAUUUAUUUAUUUAUUUAUAUCUAGAUUUAUCUAUUCUAUUCUACAGCAACAAAUACAAUAAUCGACGAAUCGUUUUAGGGUUCUUCAUAAAUACCUCUUCCCUUUUCCCCCGAUCCAAAUCCCUCAAUUAUUAACUCACAAAUCUUCAAUUUUUUCUUCAAUUUUUCACUCUCAACAAAAAAAUAUCAUCAAAUAAACACUGUUUCAUUUUCCUUCAAUCGUUUUCGUUUUUUUCUUUCAAUUUUUUGAAUCGUUUUUCUCUUCCCGGGGUUUUGCAUUUUUAUGGUCGAUAUGGAUGGAUUUGGUGGUGGGGAUGAUGUUCGAGGAAUUUCUAACAAACUAGAUCAAUUUGGGGAUAUUCCUAUUCCUAAAGAAGGUGAAGUUUUUGAUGCGACACAAUAUGCAUUUUUCGGUCAAGAUGCUUGUGUAGAAGAAGUUGAGUUGGGAGGGUUAGAAGAUGAUGACUGUUUGCCUGAGUCUAAUGAGGAGGAGUUCCUUCUUAAUAGAGAAGAGGUUGAGGAUGUAAAAUCUCUUUCUGAUAUUGAUGAUCUCAGCACCGAUUUUUGGAAGUUGAACAAGGUUGAAAUUGGACCACAAAGCACAGCAAUUAUCAGUGAACGGGGAUCAAGAGAAAAUUCUACGGCUGAAUGGACACGAAGGAAUGAUGAUCUUAACUGGUUUGACCAGAAUCCUUAUGAUAGUGAAGGUUCUCUGGAUGGUAGAAGACUGUCAUCACAGCCUUAUUCUUCUCUUGCCCCUUUACAAGAAUCAAAUUCUUUGUAUAGAACUUAUUCAUAUCCUGAGCAGCCAAGGCCGCAACAACAACAACCCUACAUCCAACAUGGCUCAAGUGAAUCAAUUUCAAACUGGUUUGAUCAGCCUUUUCGUGAUUCUGGAACACAGGAUGCCAAACGAUGGUCAUCACAGCCACAUUCCUCCAUUGCAAACGUAGAAGAAUCGAAGUCCUUGUACAGUACUUCUCUAUAUCCUGAGAAACCACAGGAGCUUCUUCAUUUUUCUAAUGAUUCUAUUUUGGCACCAAAUUCUUCAUUUACUUCUUUUCCUCCACCCGGUGGUAGAUCUCAGCAGGCUUCUCCAAGUCAUAAUACAGGUCCCUUAAACAUUCCUUAUCAUGCUGUAGGAGCUCAGAUGGCACUGUCUCCUCAAAACCGUUCUCAUCUAUCCAAUUCUGCACUACAGUUGGGUGGAUUAAACCAUGGAUCACCUGUUGGUGGAAACAUGCGCCAAUAUCCUAUGGGUUCCCCUCUUAAUCAACGAAUACCGAAUCAAUUGGUCAAUCAGGCAGGCCUAUAUAAUAAUGGAGUUCAUCCCAAUAUUUCUUCUGGUUUAGCCAUGAUCAACAAAUAUGAUCAGAUGCUUGGGAUGAUGGAACUGAGGGAUCAGAUGCCAAAAUCUGCCCAAAUGGGUAGACAGAAUAUCCGAUUUUCUCCUCAGGGUUUUGAUAUGAGUAACCAAAAAUUCAAUAAUGGAUUUCCCCGAUUUAGGUCUAAGUAUAUGUCGACUGAGGAACUUGAGAAUAUAUUUAGAUUGCAGCUUGCAGCGACCCAUACUAAUGAUCCAUAUGUAGAUGAUUAUUAUAACCAAGGCUGUCGUGCAAAAAAAGAUUCAAGUGAUAGGCGUCACUUUUCACCAGCUCAAAUAAGGGAAAUCCCUCAGCGGGCUUCUUCUAAUGAACCACAUGCUUUUCUUCAGGUUGAUGCUCUAGGGAGGGUUCCAUUCUCAUCAAUUCGCAGGCCACGUCCUCUACUGGAAGUUGAUCCACCUAACUCCUCACGUGCUGGUGAUCCUGAGCAAAAGAUUUCAGAAAAGCCCCUUGAACAGGAGCCAAUGUUGGUAUCAAGGGUCACAAUUGAGGAUGGUCUUUGUGUUCUUCUGGAUGUAGAUGAUAUUGACCGUUUCCUACAGUUUAAUAAGCAGCUUCAAGAUGGUGGAGAUCAUUUAAAACGUAAAAGGCAGGGUCUUUUGGAAGGUCUUUCAGCCACACUUCAGUUAGUUGAUCCACUUGGAAGAAAUGGACAUACAGUUGAACUUGCUGCAAAAGAUGAUUUUGUUUUUCUCAGGAUAGUUUCUCUACCCAAAGGUCGAAAACUACUUGCUAGGUACCUUCAACUACUUUUUCCAGGUGGGGAUCUUAUGCGGGUAGUCUGCAUGGCCAUUUGUCGUCAUUUAAGAUUCUUAUUUGGCAGUCUUCCCUCUGAUCCAACUGCAUCAGAAACUGUAAUUAACCUUGCUAAGGUGGUUUCAAAUUGCAUCUGUGAGAUGGAUCUUGUUGCACUUAGUGUUUGCCUUGCUUCAGUUGUUUGUUCUUCUGAGCCACCGCCUCUGCGUCCCCUUGGAAGCGCUGCUGGAGAUGGGACUUCCCUUAUUUUAGUAUCAGUGCUUCAGAGGGCUACUCAACUUUUAACUGAUCCUCAUGCGGCUAGCAACUAUACCAUUAGAAAUCGUUCUCUUUGGCAAGCUUCAUUUGAUGAAUUCUUUGCUCUUCUCGCCAAGUAUUGUUUCAGUAAAUAUGAUAGCAUCGUGCAAGCAUUCCUUGCUCAAGGGGCAUCAAAUAUGGCGGUCAUUGGGCCUGAUUUUGCUAGAGCUAUUAGCAGUGAGAUACCAGUUGAUCUCUUGCGUGCAAGUCUACCUCACACUGAUGAUCGCCAGAAAAAAAUAUUACUCGACUUUGCUCAGCGCUCUGUAGUUGGAUAUAAUAGUAAUUCUGGUGGUAAUGGUCACCAAGUAAACUCACAGUCCAGUCAGUGAUGAGAUAAUUAGAUAACGAGAGGCAUUCAUCUAUGGGUCUGUUUACAAAUUAGAAUGACAGUAAAUUUCACAACAGCCUUAUGUUUCUGGUUACUUUGGAGCAGUUUUAUGUGGAAGUAUCAGGUGCAUCUACCUUGAAAUUUUUUAGCACCUUCAUAUCUUUUUACUUGUUAAUGCCAUGUAGCUUUGUGAGAAACUUGCAAUCAGGCCCAUUGUGUAUUAUGAUAGACUUGGCUUGAUCUGUUCCUCUUGUCUUUUAUUUUCUUUUGACAGCGGGAGCAUUUUGUUACUCAGUUUGUUGUUUCUAGGGAACUUUAGUGGGUAGAAUGUCUAGGGUUAGGUUUAAGCUUAAUCCUAAUGUUCCUUUACUAUUAUCAUACAGGCAUGGGAUUGAUUUUGUCUAUUAUUCCUCAAUAUUUACCUUAAUAGGUUUCACUUUCACAUGUCCAAAUUGAUGUAGCAUUGUGGGGUAGGCCAAUUUAACCAUCGGACAAGGUGGUAUUGGCAUGCCUAAUAAUAAGUUAUGUCAACCUUGUUUCCUGGUGUUAUGGUUUUAGUUUCGUUUCGUCUGGUCGUCUCUUGACACUAUUCAAUUGCUAUACACGGUUUAGUUUUGUACCA